CUGAAGGUUGUAGAUGAAGCGCCUAUUCUGAUUUGGCGCGGAACACGUUCGGGUUAAGAGCCUGAAGUCGUAGUUUCAAACCUUAAUUGGUUUGCAACUAUGCCGAUUAAAAGAGGUCAUAUUGCGCCACACAACACUUACAUCGUCACUCUUAUCAGGAACUUUGAUUCUCAGUAUGAAAACUUCAUCGUAGCAAAUGCCUCUUUGCCAUCCAGACCAAUUAUAUACUGUAGCGAUGGGCUCUGUGAUCUUCUUCGAUACACAAAGGGCCAACUUAUGUUCAAGUCUUCCGCCUUGUCCGUGUUUUACGGUCCGGAAACCACUCCUGGAUCUAUGGAAGCACUUUUGGCAUCUCUUAAUCAACCAAAUGAGACAGAAAUAUGCAUGAACCUGUAUUCUAGAGACAAUUGUGUCAUAUCUUUCCGCAUUGUCGUAACGCCUGUUCGGGAUGAAACUGGUGGAUUACCCCUAUAUUUACUUUUCUUCAGAGAGGAAGUCAGUGAUGCGCAGACAUCUCAGAUUAACAAAAGGCCGAGUCUAUACACAAGGUGGCAGCUUAAGUCGUUCCGCGUGAACAGAAGUCCUAAUCAUAUGCCGAAGACUGGCAGUCGUUCAAAUGCUCCAAAGUCGUCUAAGCCUGUUAUGGAUUUCAGAAGACACUUUAAAGAUAGAAAAAGUGAUACAUCUGAUUUAAAACUAAAUCCUAUUGCUGGAGACUCCGGUUCUACAGAACCACUAGCUUGCCCCCAAACUUUGUCAGCAAACGAGAAAACCAAGUUUAUAGAAGAUUGCACUACUGAAUGUGUAUCUGUCCAGUCGAAAGGGUGUCGUCCAGUUUCUCUCUUCCUACCUAAGGAUCAGAGUGAUGUAUCUCCUAGGGGAUUGAUUCAGUCAAAGAUGGAUUUAUCAGAAAGUCGACAAGGCAAUCCUCAACGUCUUGAAAAAUCAAAGCAUAGGCCGGCUACUUGGUAUAGAAGCCACAAUGAAGACGAAAAUCCUGAAAUGAUACACAGUUCUACAAGGAGUCGCCACUUGCAUCCAGCCAGUGAAGAGUCUGAGGCUCUUCAGUUGGUAUUGAGUAGCCAUGCAGAACCUCCAAAGUCAUCUGUUACUGAAAAAUUCGCUCAAUUCCUCUCUAUGGAUGAAGAUUUGCAUGUGGAGCAUCGUUUCCAGUCUCCACGUAUGCAUAAAUUUACUUUAAAACAUUACAGUGUUUUCAAAGCUGUUUGGGAUUGGAUUAUUUUGGUACUAAUUAUUUACACUGCCAUUUUCACUCCGUAUACGACAGUUUUUCUCAUGAAUACAGGAAACAAGUAUGCAAAAUUAAUUUCCUCAGGAAAUACCUCCUCUGCAAACGUUAUUGGUACUAAUUAUCUACGAAAUAAAUCGUCGACUAUUAAUAAUUCAACAUUAAACAUUCAUUCUGUCCAGUCGUCAUCGUCUUCGACUACAACUUCUCAGGGUGCGUCAAAAUUAUUGUCAACUGUUGACAUUCUAGUCGAUGUCAUGUUCAUAAUUGACAUUCUGAUUAAUUUUCGUACUACCUAUGUGAAUAAAAAUGAUGAAGUUGUUUCACACCCGAAGCGUAUCGCUGCUCAUUAUAUCAAAGGCUGGUUUAUAAUUGAUCUGGUAGCAGCUAUCCCAUUCGAUCUGUUGUUUUAUCGUUCAUCUGGAGAUCAACCUACUGCACUAACUGGCCUUUUAAAAUCAGCUCGUCUUCUGCGUCUAGUCGGUAUUGUUCGAAAAUUGGAUAGAUAUUCAGAGUAUGGUGCUUCAAUUUUGAUAUUAUUAACAGCCUUAUUUGCUUUAAUAGCCCAUUGGUUGGCUUGUAUUUGGUAUGCCAUUGGUCAUGCAGAGCAUUUGUAUAGGGAACCGAAAAUUGGUUGGUUAGACACACUUGCUAUACAUACAGAACAAUAUUAUACUGAUCAACCGAAUUCAGGUCCGGAUUUGAAAACCAAAUAUAUCACAGCACUGUAUUUCACAUUUUCUAGUCUUACAUCUAUCGGUUUUGGAAAUGUUAGUCCGAAUACAAAUGCUGAGAAAAUUUUCUCCAUCGUUGUUAUGCUAGUUGGAUCCCUAAUGUAUGCAAGUAUAUUUGGUAAUGUUGGUGCACUGAUUCAACGAUUGUACAGUGGAACAGCACGUUAUCAUGCACAAAUGUUACGUAUUAAAGAAUUCAUACGUUUUCAUCAAAUACCAAGUCCAUUACGUCAACGAUUAGAAGAAUAUUCUACUCAAGUAUGGGAGCAUACUAAUGGCAUAGAUAUGACAAUGGUUCAGUAUAGCUUUCCUGAGUCAUUACAAUCAGACAUUUGUCUUUAUGUUUAUCGUCAUUUUUUAAGUGGAUCAGCCGCAUUCAAGUCACUAAAUGAUGGUUGCCUUCGAAAUAUAUCUCUGCGUAUCCGUUCUUCACAUAUGCCACCAAGUGAUACAUUAGUGCACACUGGUGAUCUAUUGACAGCUGUCUAUUAUGUUGUUAAAGGCAGUUUAGAGGUUGUGACCACAGAUGACGUCAUUUUAGGUGUGUUGAAUCCUGGUGAUUUUUUCGGUGGCCUCCCUCCUCUAGCCACAGUGCAGAAGAACCUAAAUACAAACAAUUUUGGGAAUGCAUGGGAUUAUUGUGUAAACAAUCGUUUUGCUAACAUGAAUACUAGUUCAAAAGUUAUGCAAAGUGAAGACUAUGCAUCUAUGCAGAACGAUAAUAAUAACCAUAAUGGCAAUAAUGCAAACGGUGUUGUUUAUCAACCGAAUCCACCUCCAAAAUCUCGUUUUGCUGUUCGUGCACUGACAUAUGCCGAUGUUCAAUUUAUUGACAGGCAUGAUUUAGCUGAAUUAUGUUCUAUCUAUCCAGAAUUAUCCCUACGAUUAUUGGAACGUUUUGAGUUAACGUUACCUUUAACUAUUUCACCUACAACGAAACCUACCAAACAUUCUGCAACUUUACCUAAUGUAGAGGCAUUUCUAGACGCUACAUCAUCAUGGCAUAUUGUUUGUCCACUUCUUUUGAGUGGUUCAAUGUCUUCGCGUGCAGGAGAAUAUUCAAAAUUAAGUGUGUUAAACAGUUCAGCUCAGGGUAGAUAUAGUGAUAAUCCAUUCACUGGUAAACCGCCAUGGGAAUUAGAGCGUUUUCAACGCUUGUUUGAUCAUGGUGCAUUGUCAUAUAGUCCAACCGCCUAUCCUAACGCUCAAGUACCUGUAUACUUCACUGACUCAUUAUAUAAUCCGUGUCCUACAGCUCCUUGUCAUCAACCAACGGCCCGUAAAUCAGAAUCCAUUACCAUAUGCUCAACUCGUUCAUCUGAACAAAAUCCUUCAUUACCUGUUUCUCCUAUAAUUAAUAAUCAAUCAUUACAAGAACGUCGAUUACGUAUGCGCUCAACACGCAACAUUUCACCGAAGCCAUCACACUCGUCGAUUCUAAAUCUUCCAACUCAUUCUACCGAUAUAACUAAUCAUGCAGUUUAUUCACCUGUGAUACCUCAAACAAUUUCACAUACUCCAGGAAAGAAACUUAUGGAGGAAGAAAAACAAAUUAUUGAUAUACUAGUUGCUCGUUUUGCAAAUGUUGAAAAGCAAAUUGAAAAUUUGGACAUUCGUAUAUCUCAAUCUGUUACUACUAUCCUACAACAGCUAGAAUCAAAAUUGGCUAAACACCGACCAUUUCCAAGUUGAAUAUAUAUAUAUAUCCUUUAGUAACUGUCUUUUCUUUGCUCAAAUUCCUACUUGUCCGAAUAUCUUGCAGUUAUGCUUCUUCUGAAAGUGAUGGAAAUAUUUGUUUCUGUCAUUUUACCGGUAGUGAUGAGGGAAAGGAGAUACACUGAUCGAUGAAUACAUAACACCGUCGACUGCCUCAUCAAUAGGAAAUAUAAAUAAUUUGGAAGCAGUUGAAUGAUUACAUUGUUAAUUAUGUUAAUUACUUUGAUUAUUCAUAUUCUUUUUUUAUUGUUCUAAUAAACACGCGUGAAUCACAACGUGAUUCUUUGAGUGAAUGUAUCCAGAGCUACUAGUUUUUUUUUUUGAAGGUGAAUAGAGUUUCAGUGAUGAAAAUUAUUUAUUUAUUCAAUUUGGUAAUUUACGUAAUUCCUUUCGCUGUCUAAUUAUUUUAUUUCUUAUUUUGUGCACAAAUUAGUUUUAAUUACCUUCUAAUAAUACUACUAGUAGUCGUUAUCACCACUAACAAUAUAUUAUACUAAUAUUAUUUGUUCUUCUGACACUGCCAGAUGCCAUAAAAUUGCAAUUGCAAUCAUGCUUGUGAUGUUGAUGAUGAUUAAACCGUAAUUCUCUGUUUCUUGUAUUACCUUGUGUAGUUUUACCUCUGAUAUAUGGGGAUCACCUACAUAAAACCUAUCGGUUUCUUCCACAUAAAAGUAGAUCAGUUUCUUCCAUUCAUCAGAAAACGAAGCAUUGUUUAGAUGCAAAAAUGAUUUUUGAAAUACCCUGAUUAGAAAUUCUGUUUUUUUUUUAAAAUCAAAUUUAGGUCAACAGUGUACACACAUUUGUCCUGUUUGUUUGGUGGAGUAGUUGGUUGUGUUUUUUUCCAUGUAUCAAAGGAAGCAAAGCAUGGAUUCUUUUGUUCUCUUUUCGAAAAAUAAUACUUUCACCUUAUGUUCUGUGAAAAAUACCUCUCUACUACCACCAUUAUUGUUGUUGUUAUUACUACGAUUAAUCUUAGGAUAGGGCUACGUCCAGCAAUAAAUAUUAAACACAUUUGUAUAAUCCUUUGAACAGUGCAAGCGUGUUUUAGUGCAAUAGUACAAUGCUAUACUUUUAAAACAUAUUUUCUAAGUGUAUACAUCUUAGUUGUAAAAGAGAUCCUAUAGAUUUAUAUUCUUUCCACUCUUUCAUUCUCUUUACUACUAAAUUCACAUUUAUUAUUUGUAAUAACACUAUAUAUAUAUAUAUAUUCUCAAUCAAGUGCAAUAUUUGGCUUUUUUUAACUGCUUAAUGUGGUCACACUUACCUCUAGAAAAAUGCAUUUAAUAUUCGGAUUUUCUUUGUCACAGAUUCUUUUGCACAACUAAACCAAAAUUGUAUUUCUUUUUUUGUUUGUUUGUUUCUUUCCAAAGUGUCUUUUUUUUUAUUCUAACGUUGUAUUUCUCUUUUUGUCUAUUUAAUUGACAAUUCAAUAUGUAUAUGGGUUCGCUGUGACAUUUGACAGUUAUGAAGAAACUGUGUUUAUUCUUUGUUUUUCCAUUCAAUCUUAUGGAUGGAUAUCUCAUCAUUUUUGUUUCAUAUCAAAUGUUGUAAAAGCUGAGAAGUUGGAACAUCUCUGGCAGAUAGUGUAACAUAUGCAUAAUGUAGGUGAUAACUGUGGACCAAUAUAUAAUAUACGUAUCAGUAUAUUCAUUUGCAUUUGAUUCCAUUUCACUAUUACUGAAACAUUCAACAGUCCUUCAUUACACACAAAUUAUAUAUUUACAAGAAUAUACAAUAAGAAUUGUAGUUGUACAACAAAAUCUUAUUUAAAUAUAAUAUUUGGUCAAUAUCUCUCGUUCUCGUAAUUGCCUACUGUGUGUAUUUUUGUGUACAAUUUCGCUGUGUAUGACUGUAGUAAUGUGUUCGUGCGUGUGUGUGUGUGUCUGUCUGUUUGUUGAUAUACGCGCGCGAAUUAACUGGUACUUUUAUCUUCUAGAAUAAUUUCUACGAAAUUUACUUAUCGUCCCAUGAUUUAAAAUACUUUUUUUUGUAAACUGUGCCAUUGAUUCAAUGAUAUUUUAUGGUAAACAAGUUGAAAAGUUCAAUGCCAAUUUUAUUUAACUGAAAGUAAACACUAGCGUUAAUUAUUUUUCUAAACUAUUGCAUAUAAGGAUGUCAUUAGCUGACAUUUUAUAAAUUAAUAAUACGUGUUGACCAAAUGUUUACUGUCCAUCUGCUUAAUAAGUUGAAAAAAUCUCUUCUAGUCUAAUGCGCUACCUUAGAUUUGUUAUCGUGCAUAGAAAUGGUGGAAUGUUAACUGAUCUGUUUAUUCAGUGAUACACCUAAAAUGUGUAACUCCACAAACAGUGAAAAAGUUCAGACAAAGUAACAUGAUCCGUAAUCUCGAGAAGACAUGAAAAGAUUAGCUGUCUUUGAUCAUAGGUGUCUGCGUUCU